UUGUUAGCAAGUUGCCAGUGAAACAUUUUUCUUGAACACCAAUCGCGAUGCUACAAGCACCCCAUGGAAAAAUGUCGUCGCAAGUGUAAUCAUCAGUGUUCGACUCGACGUUUUUCCUUUCAUAUAACAAACCAAACGCAGUUGAACUCAUUCAUUCUUAGCAACAGUAAUAACGAUUUAAGUUAUUAUAUUUUUUGUCCUGCUGCUAACUAGUGCUGCAGAUAUGGGUGACGAAAUGGAUCCUUGCGAAUGCCUGUGGAACCAUGAGCUGGCGAUGCGUCGACUGAUCUCUCUGCUUCGUCAAGGCCAGUCGUACUGCACAGACAGUGAAUGCCUGGACCAGCUCCCAGGGCUGCCGAGGCCCGAGUCCUCAGCGAACAGCUUCAUGGUAAUGUUCCUGAUGAUGGCGCUAGCGCUCGCCAUGUAUGCCAUGCGCCCGCGCCGCAACCAGAUACAGGACGCCGCGAAGCCUACGCGCAAUUCUCAGGACCAUGACGGCGCACCUCCAACGCCCCCCAGAAUAUAAGAGGGGAGUCCAACGUCACGGGGUCACGCUAACAAUGAAUUCCAGUAAUUGUAUUAUAUAGUAAAAUGUCCCGCACGCAGUUGUGGACUCGACAACGUCAUCACAACUCGAGUGUAGAUGUAUAAGAUCUUGUAUAGCUACUAUGUACUGAUAAGGUUUAUUAUAAACGAUUGGAAAAGUUUCGACGACGUAUAACAAUUUAGUUUGCGGUUGCUGCCUUGCCUUUGAAAUUGAAAUUAAUUAUAGAAUAGAAGGCGUCACAAACAUUAUUCUUAUGAACGUGGAAUUUAUAAGUUCGAUAGUGAAUUGUUCCAUUGCUCCUUGAACUUAAUUUAUUGUAAACGUUUCAUGUAUUUAUUUUCAAUAUCAUUUGGUGCUACAUUUUCAACUGCGUACAAUGGAAGUGAAUUUGUUAUGGUGACAUUUCAUCUGUAUUCAUAUCUGGUAUGCGAAACAAUGUUGAUAUGAUAUGAAACUUUUUAAAUUGCACUUAAACAAAUGCAAAGUAUGUUUAUUUUAAGUCACCAAAAUAUUCACAUCACAUUUAGUGCAAUAAGCAAUCUCAAGCGAACUGCAAGAUCUGACAUUGAAGUAAUAUAGGUAUGAUUAGUCAAGUUGUCGGUUGGAGCGCUGAAGGCAUUAUGCGGUGUAAAAGUAGUAAAAUAAGCAAUCGAUCCUUUCUAUAAACAAUUGACAUUUAUGGCAAGAAUUUGUAAUCAAGGAAAAUCGAUUUGCAAAUGCAGUUACGCAUAGCUCGAGCUGCUUUACGUUGAAUUCUAUUGUUUUAGAUUGUAUAAUAACCCUGUAUUCGUUAAAGUUCGCCGAACACGAUGGCUAGUUACAAACGACAAGAAAUAUGAAAAGGUACAUUUUACGAGAUCGAUAGCUAAUAUAAAUGUUAAUGAGGAAAUUAAAUUUCUUCUCAAUCGUGAUAGACUCCUACAAAGUUGUUCAUAACUUUGCCCCCAUUGCAAUUAAGGUUUUUUUAGUUUUCUUAUUGUUUUUGCUUGAGUUAAACUAAACUUAUUAUAAGUAAGAUGAGAAAAAUAAAAUAUAUACUAAUGUAAAUCAUAUCACGAAUACAUUACAAGGAGAUUAUUAUCCCACAAAACCUUUUGUUAUUUUUUAUUUUUCUGGUCAAUCCAAUGCAUAUUCCAUUAGUUUUAGUUAUUCACGUUUGACU